AUGUGCACGCACCCUCUCCCUCAUCCACCACUGUCACCUCCUGCUGCUCCUCCUGCUGCUUGUGUACUUGUUAGGUGCGGACCCGCCACCUCUUUUGUGAAGCAGCAGCUGAGGAGACUCCGGUGCUCACCAUGGCCAACGAAAAGCCCACAGAAGAAAUCAAGACUGAGAACAAGAAUCAUAUUAAUUUGAAGGUGGUGGGACAGGAUGGUUCUGUGGUGCAGUUUAAGAUUAAGAGGCAGACACCACUUAGUAAACUAAUGAAAGCCUAUUGUGAACCACGGGGAUUGUCAGUGAAACAGAUCAGAUUCCGAUUUGGUGGGCAACCAAUCAGUGGAACAGACACACCUGCACAGUUGGAAAUGGAAGAUGAAGAUACAAUUGAUGUGUUUCAACAGCCUACGGGAGGUGUGUCUACUGAAAAGGGAACCUGCUUCUUUACUCCAGAACGCUGUUCUUUAAAGACCAAGAUUAUUACAUUCUCAAUUAGAAAACUGCAAUUUGGUUCCACCAUAUUCUGACUACUACAGUAUAGUUUUCUCUAUUCUUUUGUUUCCCCCUUCCACAUUCCUUUAUUAUACAUGAAGUAACUGGUAUAUGUACACA